AUGUUAUAUCAGUUGGUUAUGAUAGAAUUUAUUAAAUUAAUACUUACAACAGAGUAUUCAGAUAUAAAUAAUCUUCAUGUAUUAUUAGAGAGUAUCACUUUAGACUCAAAUAAUUCUAAUUUUCAAAAUACAGAAAAUAGCGAAGAUGAAUUUUUAGAGAGAUUAAAAACUAACACAACGGGUGAUUUUCCUCAAAUACAAGAAGUUUAUUUCUUAAAUCAACAUUCUUUUAUUCUUAAAUUACUACAAUAUCAUAAAAUACUGACUAUUUUACUAACAUACACAUUUGAAAAAGGUUAUGAAAAUGUGAAAAUUGAUAAAGAAGUAUUUAAAUUAGAUGAUGAAGAUAUAAAAAGUAAAGAAUAUUUAAAACAGAUUAAUAAUUUUAAUGAUUUUUAUGUUUUUCAAUCACAAGAAUUUAAAUUAAUUUUUAAUCAAAUUUUAAAUUUUUAUUCUGAAACUUUGAUUGAAUUAAUUAAAAGUUGUUAUGAGGACAAGAGUUAUAUGAGGCAUUAUAAGAAAUGUAAAGAAAUAUUUUUUCAAGUAGAAGAGUUAGAAAUACUUAAAAGAUUAAAUAAUUUUUCAUUGAAAAAUAACGUUUCUAGUUAUAAAUUACAAUGUUAUAUACUAAGAUUUAUAAGAGAAUAUUUUUAUUUUAGAAGUGUUUUUAAUAAUAUUUCAUUUUUUAAAAAUACCACUAGCUAUCUUAUAAAUCAUUUUGAAAACAAACUAAUAGAAAAUUUUUGCUUUCCCCAUGAUGAAAUAAAAACAUGGUAUUUUGAGAGUAUUAUGAAAGAAUUUGAAUCCUUUUUAGUAGUUUUUAAUGAUCAUGUAAAAACAGUUGGUUUUAAAACAAAGGAUGAGUUUAUAAACCUUGUUAAAUCGAUAGUUACUUCUAUUUUUUCAUCAUUUGUUAAUUUAGGAAAAUAUCAUUAUAUUAAAAAACAUUUAUUUUUUGAUAUCAAUAAAAAAGAAUUAGAAUUUAUUAGUAAAAAUCAAGGUAAAAAGAGUUAUUUGGAAAUUAACAAUAAUAAGAUUAAAGAUUAUAAAAUAGGUAAUGCUAAAGAAUUAGUAAUUAAAGAAAAGAAUGAAUAUUUUACUAAAUUGGAUUAUUUUGAUUUUAUUUAUGAAGAAUAUAAAGAGAUUAACGAAUUAAUUGAAGAGAUGAAUGCUUUUGGUAAUAAAGAAAAUGAAUUUAAUGGAUAUUUAAAUCAAAUGUUAAUAACAAUUUUAAAUUUUUCAGAGAAAAAAGUUGAAUUAAAAGAUAAUUUAAGAAAGUUACCAAAAAGUGAAAAAUUACCUGAUGAUUUUAAAAAAUAUUAUCAUUUUAAUUAUUCUAACAGUUUUUACAAUGAAAAAAUUUAUUUAAUUUAUCUUCAUCAAUUACUAAAGGCUAAAAUUCAAACACUUCCAGAUAACCAAGAAAAUAAUUUAAUUAUUUAUACUUUUUCAAAUGUGUUGAUUUUAAAAAUUUAUGAUUUACUAAAUUUCAUAAGUUUAGCUGAAAGAAACCCUCUUUAUAUUGAGAAUUUAGAUAGAAUGUUAACAUUCAUUGAUAAUCUAGAUGAUAAUUAA